AUGCAACGCCAAGCUUGCGCCGUCACAGUGGUUCCAUUACAGGCCUUAUCGGCGGCGGCGGCGAUGGCGGUAGAAAUGGUUCCUGGGACGAUGUGCUACAUCCCCGACGAGACACAUGCGUGGCUUCAAGCCCAAGUCAUCAGUCACGAUCCGUCGAAGAAGCAGGUGCAAGUCAAGGUGCUGAAGGACCCUCCCCACGUGUUGGCGGAGUCGAUGCGGAUGGUGGACUUUACAGACAAGAAGACCGUGCUCCUCAUGAGUGGCAAAGGACAACCGAAUGCAUCGAUUGAAUCGUUGCCUGUGCAAAACGAAGCGACGAACGUCGACGACAUGAUCACCCUCAACUACCUUCAUGAAGCCGCGAUCCUGUACAACAUCAAAGCGCGAUUCCUUACGCAGCACCCGUACACGUACACGGGAGACAUAUGCAUUGCCGUGAACCCAUACCAAUGGCUGGGUGAGCUGUACUCGGACGACCAGCAUCUUGCGUACCAGCGACUGGGCCGGGACGAGCUCCCGCCCCACGUGUACGCGACGUCCGUGGCCGCGUAUCGGAGCAUGCUGCAUGACCAUCGCAACCAAUCCGUGCUCGUGAGCGGCGAGUCUGGCGCCGGCAAGACGGAGACGACCAAGAUCCUGAUGAACCACUUGGCCUCGAUCGCCGGGGGACUGCGCGACGCCACGAUCGCCAAGAUCAUCAUGGUCAACCCAUUGCUGGAAUCGUUUGGGAACGCCAAGACCCUCCGCAACGACAACUCGAGUCGGUUUGGCAAGUUCACGCAGCUCCAGUUUGACGCCCACGGCACUUUGGUGGGCGCUCAGUGCAAGACGUACCUGCUCGAGAAGACCCGCGUCGUGACCCACGAGCCCAGCGAGCGCAACUACCACAUUUUUUACCAGGUGUUGGCAGUCCGAUCGAGGUUCCCAGAACUACACUUGGACGAACUAGCGACCGACUACAACUACGUGGGCCCAUUGCACACGUCCGCCAUCGAAGGCCACUCGGACGCUGCCCAUUUCGACAAGACCCAGGCAGCGUUAGAUCGCAUCGGAAUGGACGCGGCCACGCAACGCGCGCUCUUUCGCGUGCUGGCGGGUAUUUUGCACCUGGGGCAGAUUCAGUUUGCCGCCACAUCGGACGAAGCGAGCCAAGUGGCUAGCCAGUGCCCCCAUACCAACCACGUUUGCACCCUCUUGGGCGUGGAGAGGACGGCGCUGGAGCGGGCGUUGUGUUGCCGAACCAUGCAAGCGCGUCAUGACAAGUACAGCGUCCCGUUGACCAAAGUGGAGGCGGAACAGUGUCGCGAUGCGCUGGCCAAGGGCCUGUACGCGAACGUGUUUGAGUGGCUCGUGGCCCUCGUGAACGCGUCUCUGUCGCAUGCGAGUCGCCAGAAGCACCACAUUGGCGUGCUCGACAUCUUUGGCUUUGAGCACUUUGAGCACAACUCGUUUGAGCAGUUUUGCAUCAACUAUGCCAACGAAAAGCUGCAGCAAAAGUUUACAUUUGACGUGUUCAAGACGGUCCAAGUCGAGUACGAAGACGAGGGCAUUCAGUGGAACCACGUCGCAUACGCCGACAACGCCGACGUCCUCCAAGUGAUCGAGUCCAAGCUCGGCCUCCUCUCGCUGCUCGAUGAAGAGCUUGUGCGGCCCAAGGGCAACGAAGAAUCGUUUGUGGCGAAAGCGGCGUUGCUGAUGAAGGAUGACGCAGUGAUCGAGUUUCCCCGCACCAGUCGGACGCAAUUUGUGCUGCGUCACUACGCCGCGCCCGUCUUGUACGAAGUGACAGGCUUCUUGGAGAAGCACAAGGACGCGAUGCUGCCCGACCUGGCGACGCUCAUGCGGUCGUCGUCCGCGUCGUUCGUGUCGGCAUUGUUUGCCGAUCCGGCCGUGCCUUCGCCCGCGACGUCGAAAAGGCGACAAAACUCUGCCCAGAAUCGGGUGCAAACCGUGGGCGUGCAAUUCAAAACCAACUUGUCCGAGCUCAUGGGCACGAUCCAGGCCACGAACGUGCAGUACAUUCGGUGCAUCAAACCUAACGCAGCGAAAAGCCCCACGUCGUUCGACCACGCGAUGGUGAUUGCGCAGCUCCGGUGCGCCGGCGUCAUCGAAGCCAUCCGCAUCGCUCGGUCGGCGUACCCCGUCCGUCAAACGCACGUCGACUUUCUAGCCACGUACGGCAUGUGCUUCCCCGACAUUUUAGGCCGGACGCAGUCGUCCAAGGACCUUUGCCUUCAGAUUUUGGCGCAAGUGCCGUCAUGGACUGCGCCAGUGCAUUUCCAAGUGGGUCGAAGUAAGAUUUACUUUCACGCUCGAGUGGUUGAGGAUUUGGAACACCGCAAGCGGCAGUAUUUGUACGCCAAGGUCGUGCUCAUGCAGCGGAUCCUCAGAGGAUGCACCAAGCGGCGUCAGUACCGCCGCAAGUUGGACGCGAUCGUCAAGAUACAGUCGGUGGUGCGCUGCGUGCUAGCAUAUACUCGAUACAACACACUCGUUCGUGGCACCGUGGCGUUGCAAAGCCAAUGGAGAGGCAUCAAAGCCAGGCAGCUGUACUUUGUGCUCCAGCGCCAGCACAAAGCCCACCUCGUGUUUGCAUUUGUUCUGGGCGCGCAUCAACGACGCCGCUUUCUCCAGCUCAAGGCGAGCGCCGUGACGAUCCAAUCGGUCGUCCGCAUGCGUCUCCACCGCGCGCGCUUUGUCCAGCGCAUGGCCGACGUCAAGAGCCAGCAGUCGAUGCAUCAGCAGUUGCGCACGUUGCAGGAGCGUCUUCAAGUGGAGCAGAACAAGAAGCAGCACCAUCAUCGGCAUCGGCGCCACGACCCGAGCUCGGCCGACCAGUUGGACGAACACGACGACGGACAACAGCGGCGCAAGUCGUCGGCGCAGCUCGUCAUGGCCGACGCGGGCGGGAUGAUCGAUCGCAUCGAGAAGGAAAACGUGCGGCUUCGACGCGAAGUGGAAGAGCUCAAGGCGGCGCUGGCCACGUGGAAGGACGACGCGGACAAGCUCAAGCAGGACAAGGAGAUUGCCACCGCCGCACAUCACGUCAAGCUGCGCCAAGCGGAGGAGCUCGCGAGGGACAAGGACAAGACGAUCGCGCAGUUGCACAAGGAGCUAGACCGCGUGCGGGGCCAUCCGCAUGGGGGGGGGACACCGCCGUCGUUGCUCCAGUAUUCAUCCAGCCGGUCGCGACGUACGGUGAUGGGGUCUAGAAGGGACCGCCGGGGUCUCGAGCGGUCGGAAGACUCGCCCGAAGAAGUCGCCGCGAUUCACAAUGGCGCGGUGGAUGUGGCGGCGGCCGUCCAAAAGGCCAUCGAGACCAACGCGUUCUUGAUCAUGUCGGCGCAACAGCUGGGCGCGUCCUUGGAUGUGGACGCCACCGCAACGAGGAUGGCGCUGUCCAACGGUCUUGUGACUGCCAACAGUUUACGGUAUACUAAACAACAACCUCUACUCAAAGUUGCAUGGUCCAAGGAUUGAUGGUUGACAAGGGACUGUAGCGCGUCUCCGUCAGUGUCGAGCUUGAAGGAUCGCGUGGCGCAAAUGAAGAACAAGUACGCCCAGCGCCAGUCUGAGCAGGUUCAUCGUGCGUCGGAAGACUCGCUCCGCCAGUCCGUGUCGGAUUCGUUGUACAGAGGGUCCAUGGCGGUGCCGCCCAUGCCGCCUGGAUGGGAAAUGCGCAUGUCCCGCUCCAAAGGCCGGCCGUACUUUUGCCACGAAGGACAACGAUUGACGUUAUGGGACCCCCCCACGGAAGAGAACAUUGAAAAAGCCAUCGCAAAGCGCGACAGGUAUGGAGUACAUCGUCAUCCACGCGACUCAAACGUGUGUCGCUAUAGUUCGGUGCGGAAAAGCGUCCUGCAUACCCCCGUGAGUGCGCGAUCGUCGUCGCGCGGCUUGUAGAGGGGCCACGAAGAUGAAGUCCCAGGUGUUCGUUUGUGUUGGACACAUGAGUUGAAAAAACGAAGGAUCCGUGCUGACCAAUCAAAUGCUGGAAUCAGACGCUAAUUGUUGUGAUUGGCUACUUGAAUUUGUAACAUUUUUUUGACACAUUCAGCCCACCCCCUACUCCAUUUAAAAAGAAUCAGGAAUAAGCUUUGUC